AUGUCCGGUUUGUCACCCCUUGAAACUCACCAAAACGACGCACCAGAAAAGUUGCCGUCACAACAAAACGAAACCAAAGACCUCAAGUUUUUGGAGCCACUCAAACCACUGCAACAAACGACCGUCGAACAAAAAGAAAUCGUCGAACAAACUCAAAAAAUGGAAGAGGUCCCAACAAACCCGGAAAUUAAGCCAGAUUUGCCCACAGCCGUUUUAGAGCCACUCGCCGAAACAAAAGGAGAUCUGGAAAACCCGAAAAUGGAGAUCGAGCCCGAACCGCAAGAAAAACCAGUUCAACUGCCUCCAUUGACAGAACCCGAAGACAUUAAAGAACAACCAUCAAUACCUCAAUCCGAUAAAAUGGAGGAAGAGCCACCAAAAGAAAAAUUACAAGAACCAGAAAAAAACGAAAAUGUGACAAUGGCACCACAAGAGAAAGAAAAUAUUGAAGAACGAAAAAAUGAAGAGAAAACUGAAAAUCUCGAAAAUCAAAUUCCAAAUAAAGAGAACGAGAUUGAGAAAGCCGAAAAGAUCGGCAUUGAAAAGGCGGAAAAAAUGGAGAUAAACGACAAGGAAAAAACAGAGCAAGUGGAGGUUGCUGAAAAGAAAGAAGAACCGUCUGCACCCCCAGAAACUACAGAGAAAGAAGAGAAGGUUGAAAAAUUGGAGAAGAUAGAAAACCUUCCAGAUGCUAAGGUUAAGCCAAAUCAAGAAGAAAUGAUUCUUGGAGAUUAUAAGUACUGUAGGUUCUGCGAAGGCGAGCCUUAUGAGACUAAGGUUUGCUAUUUACCCAUUGUCAAUAAUAGAGUGGGCAACUUUCCUAUUGUCCUCAAACUCCCAGUUAAGUGCCAAUCCAAUUAUAUCUGCCUACACCACUGGAGAGAGAACAGAAGAGAGUACCUCGAACAUUUUGUUCAAAAGGAAAAGGACGUCAUCGAUGAGGCUUCUGUGUUACUCUACGCUUCGAUGUUGGAUAAAAAGAUCAACUUCAACUAUGUUCCCUCAGUCUCAUCCAUUCCAGAUGAUACCAAAAACCUCUUUUCUAAAUACUUGACACUCAGGAGACAAGAAAUGGAAAUGGCGAUGGGAAGUGUCCCAGCCGGACUUUCUGUCACUUCGGAUCUGUUGUGUAACGCCUGCAACGCUCCGACUCAACAGAUGUUCGACAUGUCACUUUUCCCACAAUCAUUUGUCCAGUUUCUGGCGUGGCAAAGACUUCUUCAGAUAUAUUCCAAGUUGGACGCAAAGAAUGUGGAAAUGUUGAAUGCAUUGAAGAAGGAAGGAAUUAAAGAAGCUGAAAAGGUCGUCAAGGAAGCUACGAAGUUUGCUGUUGAAAAUCCGGGUGAUGCGAGAAAGAGGUUGCAACCAGAGUUUGCUGAAAAACUUCCACCAAAAAAGGUUGUCAAAAGCGAGAUGUCUCCAUCUCUUACGUUGCCACCAAUCUCUUCGCCAAACAACGUUGCUGCUGUUCCGCCUGUGAACAGGAACACAACGGGAAAGACAAAGGUGUACCCAUAUUUUGAGAACGAAGCAAACAAAACCAAAAUGAUCAACUUAACGAAGCCAGAAAUCACGAUUGGAAGAAAGGGAAGGGACAACAUCGUCGACCUGGAUUUGUCGACGUUUAUGGAGGCGAAGAGUAUAUCUCACUUGCAUGCGAUUGUGAAGUAUGACAAGGACGCGAAAAAGUGGGUGUGCUACUUAAAGGGGAGGAACGGACUCAAGAUUGAUCAAUUGUUCAAGGGGAAGGACACAAGUGCAGUGCUGCAAAACGGGUCUGUGCUCGAGAGCGGAAAUUUCAUUUUCUCAUUCCACUGCCCAGAUGAAUUUGAUGGAACGUUUUAG